UGUCUCAUACACCGGUCCAAGGGUUCCCCCAAGCUCACACAAUGGACACAACGCUCUGUCAAUUCAACGAAACGUCUUUAUGUGGAUUGUAUGGAUGAGUGAAGUGCGAUUCAUUGUUUCAGCUGAAUUUAUCUACACUUGAAUAACUUCACGAUGGAAGACCUCAGAGAGAGGUUUCUACUGUUCUGUCAAAAUACUUUCUCGUGUUUCAGAGAGUCGGAGACUGACACACCACCUACCACCAAGAAAGAGGAGAUUGUAGUGAUUAAUAAAAAUUCCCGCACGGAGCCUCCAGCCACCACCAGGGUCUUGCAGCCGAUACCUGGGGAGAAACCGUUCUCCGUUUACAUUGCUCUGUUUGACUACGCGGCGCGCACGAAGGAAGAUUUGAGUGUUCACGCAGGGGAUACACUCGAGCCACUCAAUAAAGGCGAAGAUUGGUGGUACGCGAGAGGAAUCACCGGGAUUUCAUCGAACAAGCAGGGAUACAUUCCUGCGAAUUAUGUUGCGCCCGUCGAAAGCCUCGAUGCUGAACCAUGGUAUUUUCCAGAAACUAAGCGUUUGGAUGCUGAGAAGAUGCUGCUGUCUGAUGAGAACCAGAGUGGAGCAUUUCUCAUUAGAAACUGUGAAAGCCAGACAGGGGAGCUCUCACUUUCAGUGCUGGACAACAGAAAGGUGAACCAUUAUAAAAUCAGGAUGUUGGAUAAUGGUGGCUACUUCAUGUCAAGGAUUUGGACUUUUAACACACUGAAUGAACUAGUGGAGCACUACUCCAAAAAUGAUGAUGGCCUCUGUAUCCGUCUCGGAGAACCUUGCAAAAAAACAAUAGCUCCAGAAACCUACGGUUUAUCUUAUAACACAGUGGAUCAAUGGGAGAUUCCACGUACCUCUGUGAAACUCCUUAAGAAGUUGGGAGCAGGGCAGUUUGGGGAGGUGUUUGAAGGCAUAUGGAAUGGCACAACACAUGUCGCUGUCAAAACACUCAAAUCAGAAUCUAUGGAUGCGAAUGACUUCCUUCGAGAAGCUCAGCUCAUGAAGAGACUCCGUCACUCCAAACUGAUCCAGCUGUAUGCUGUCUGUACUAUGGAAGAACCAAUCUAUAUCAUCACAGAACUCAUGAGCAAUGGAAGCCUUCUUGAAUACCUGCAGAAAGAUAGAGGUGCUCGUCUGUGUAUGUCUGAUCAGGUAGAAAUGGGAGCACAAGUGGCAGCUGGCAUGGCAUAUCUCGAGUUGCAGAACUACAUCCACAGAGAUCUUGCAGCCCGAAAUGUUCUGGUGGGAGAUAACAAUGUGUGUAAAGUGGCCGACUUUGGCCUAGCACGAGUAUUACUGAUGGACAAUGCCAAUAGUGGUGAGAAUGUAUAUGAGGCCAAAGAAGGAACUGAGUUUCCAGUAAAAUGGACCGCACCUGAGGCCAUCCAUGGGAACAUAUUUACCAUAAAAUCUGACAUCUGGUCUUUCGGCAUCCUGCUCUAUGAAAUUGUGACUUUUGGAAAGAUGCCUUACCCAACUAUGACAAACUUUCAAGUGGUACAAAUAUUGCCCACCGGCUACAGGAUGCCAUGCCCCCUUACCUGCCCGAAAUUUCUGUAUGAGAUCAUGUGUGAUUGCUGGAAGGAGGUGCCUGCAGACAGACCCACCUUUGAAUCUCUGCAGUGGAAACUGGAGGACUUCUUUGAGGCCGAUGUCACCUCUAACGAUGAUGCAAACCUCUACUAAACUAAGAAAAGACUACUACUGCUUAUGAACUCAACUGCAGAUGAGCUAAGCAGACUGUCUUGGCAAGCAAACCUGAGAUGCUUUUUUAGGAUGAAAUGAGCCAGCUUCACAUUUUUCCCAAGAGAAAGAAACACAAUUAUCAUUGAGUGUUUUCUCGAUACAAACUAUAUUAGCUAAAUCAAAUUUAUAUUCUGAAACCUCUGACUAAUACCUUGUUUUAUGACGUCAUACAAACUCAUUCUUCCAUUCAGUCUGUGAAGGCUUUUCUGCAUGUAUUUAUGUCAGCAACAACAUAUGGGUUUAUAGUGACAUUGCGCAUGUACAGCUCAUGCUGGCUCUGUGAAACUGUGGACUGUGACAGGAUUUUCACAGUUUUAUGUUGAAAAUAUAUGCACUGGACAUUUAAGUGCAGCUGCUAUUAAGGAAUAAAUAAACUGAGCAUGAGCGACAGACAGGUAUGGAAACAGGUGCCAUUGCAGCCUGUCUGACCAGUUUAAAUAGUGAAUGAGUCACACAAGAUGUUAGACCAUCCUGCUCGAUUUCACAAGAUAGGAACAAACAGUGCAAUAGUGAGCACACAUUAAGACUCUACUUUGAGCCAGAGUAAAGAAUGUGAUUAUUAGCUGCAUAGUCAAAGUUGUUAAUUAUCUUAAAAUUAAUUUUAGAUCUGAAUAGAGCUUUUCUUAGAGAUUAAUUUACUGAUUGUGUAAAUAAGAGGAUGUUUAUUUCAGAAAUAUAUCAAAGUCUACUGACCAAAAUUCAUUUGACAAACAUAAGUACUGUAAGUGUCAUGUAUAAUACAUAAAUAAUCAGUACUUUGUAAGCUAAUCAAGAUGCAAAUGGUAUUACUCCAACAUAGUUGAAGGAUAAAUAUAUAUUUAAUAUAUUUUUGUAAUUUAAAGCCUAAAUGUGUGAUGUAUUUGCAUAUUAUACAAAAAAGUUAUUACAGUAUGAAAAAUGCUAAUAAAAAGUAAAUGAGUGAUUUGUAAAUUAUAUUCACUCUGCUGUAUAAUUGAAAGCACUACAACUACACAUUAUAUGAUUUUUUACCUGUUGAAUUUCAUUGUUUUUUGAAAAUGUACAGUCAUUUCAAAUCAGAUGAUUGCAACACUCUCCAAAAAAGUUGGGACAGUUGAGUUUGUUUUAAGUUUGUUAAGUUUAGAAAACCUUUCUGGAUAGGAAACCACAAACAUUUCUGGAGAGGAAAUCUGCAACAGCCAACUGCACCCCUGGCCUGUGGAUACCUCGAACUUAAAAGGCUGUAACGCCAGAUACCAUGGGUGAUCCGCUGCGUUCGUAUCCAUCAUGCGGUGGAGUCACUGAAGCGGGGUGUGAUCUGAACAGAGUGUGAAGGCCCACCCCAGCAGGUAGUAAUGGAGACUGAAGAUGGCCCACUUAAUGGCCAAGCAUCGAGCAGGCCGCAUGGUCGACGCCCAUACAGUAGCUAGAAUGGGGAAAACCCUGUGAAACCUCUCAAUCUGCAAAUAAUAGGGGUUCGAGCUACUUAUCCUAAUUCCUAGUGUCCUCAUGCACAAACUUAUGAAUCAUAUUUUUCAGGGUUUUAUUAAAUCGU